ACACGUGUGGCCGUCUGCACUGUAGGAUCCCGGUUCUAUAAGCUUUGGACUCCCUGGGAUUACCAUGCCGCCCCCCGCGGACAUCGUCAAGGUGGCCAUAGAAUGGCCGGGCGCCUACCCCAAACUCAUGGAAAUCGAUCAGAAAAAACCACUGUCUGCAAUAAUAAAGGAAGUCUGUGAUGGGUGGUCCCUUGCCAACCAUGAGUACUUUGCACUGCAGCACGCCGAUAGUUCCAACUUCUAUAUCACAGAAAAGAAUCGCAAUGAAAUAAAAAAUGGCACUAUCCUUCGAUUAACCACAUCUCCUGCUCAAAACGCCCAGCAGCUCCAUGAACGAAUCCAGUCGUCAAGUAUGGAUGCCAAGCUGGAAGCCCUGAAGGACUUAGCCAGCCUCUCCCGGGAUGUCACAUUUGCCCAGGAGUUUAUAAAUCUGGAUGGCAUCUCUCUCCUCACGCAGAUGGUCGAAAGCGGCACCGAACGGUACCAGAAAUUGCAGAAGAUCAUGAAGCCUUGCUUUGGAGACAUGCUGUCCUUCACCCUGACAGCCUUUGUUGAGCUGAUGGACCAUGGAAUAGUAUCCUGGGAUACGUUUUCAGUGGCGUUUAUUAAGAAGAUAGCAAGUUUUGUCAACAAAUCGGGCAUGGACAUCUCAAUCCUGCAACGGUCCUUGGCCAUUUUGGAGUCAAUGGUGCUCAAUAGCCAUGACCUCUACCAGAAGGUGGCUCAGGAGAUCACUAUUGGACAACUUAUCCCACAUCUUCAAGGGACAGAUCAAGAAAUCCAAACCUAUACCAUUGCAGUGAUUAAUGCACUUUUCCUGAAGGCUCCUGAUGAGAGAAGGCAGGUUGGUGUAGAGAGCAGUGUUGACAUCCUUGAUUGUCCUCUGACUGAGAUGGCGAAUAUUUUGGCUCAGAAGCAGCUUCGUUCCAUCAUUUUAACAAAUGUUAUCCGAGCUCAGAGAGCCAUCAACAAUGAAAUGGCACACCAGCUGUAUGUGCUACAGGUGCUUACCUUUAACCUUCUAGAAGACAGGAUGAUGACCAAGAUGGACCCCCAGGACCAGGCUCAGAGGGACAUCAUAUUUGAACUUCGAAGAAUCGCUUUUGAUGCAGAGUCUGAACCUAAUAACAGCAGUGGCAGCAUGGAGAAACGCAAGUCCAUGUACACACGGGAUUAUAAAAAACUUGGCUUCAUUAAUCAUGUCAACCCUGCCAUGGACUUUACCCAGACCCCUCCUGGGAUGUUAGCCCUGGACAAUAUGCUGUACUUUGCCAAGCACCACCAGGAUGCCUACAUCCGGAUUGUGCUUGAGAACAGUAGCCGGGAGGAUAAGCAUGAAUGUCCCUUUGGCCGCAGCAGCAUAGAGCUGACCAAGAUGCUGUGUGAGAUCUUGAAAGUGGGCGAGCUGCCUAGUGAGACCUGCAACGACUUCCACCCAAUGUUCUUCACCCAUGACAGAUCCUUUGAGGAGUUUUUCUGCAUCUGUAUCCAGCUCCUGAACAAGACAUGGAAGGAAAUGAGGGCAACUUCUGAAGACUUCAACAAGGUAAUGCAGGUGGUGAAGGAGCAGGUUAUGAGAGCUCUCACAACCAAGCCUAGCUCCCUGGAUCAGUUCAAGUGCAAACUGCAGAACCUGAGCUACACCGAGAUCCUGAAAAUCCGCCAGUCUGAGAGGAUGAACCAGGAAGAUUUCCAGUCUCGCCCGAUUUUGGAACUAAAGGAGAAGAUUCAGCCAGAAAUCUUGGAGCUGAUCAAACAGCAACGCCUGAACCGCCUUGUGGAAGGGACCUGCUUUAGGAAACUCAACUGCCGACGGAGGCAAGACAAGUUUUGGUACUGUCGACUUUCACCCAACCACAAGGUUCUGCAUUAUGGAGACUUGGAAGAAAGUCCUCAGGGAGAAGUGCCCCACGAUUCCUUGCAGGACAAAUUGCCGGUGGCAGAUAUCAAAGCGGUGGUGACGGGGAAGGACUGCCCUCAUAUGAAAGAGAAAGGUGCCCUUAAACAAAACAAGGAGGUGCUUGAACUUGCUUUCUCGAUCUUGUAUGACUCAAACUGCCAGCUGAACUUCAUAGCUCCUGACAAACACGAGUACUGUAUCUGGACAGAUGGGCUGAAUGCGCUGCUGGGGAAAGACAUGAUGAGUGAGCUGACCCGGAAUGACUUGGACACCCUGCUCAGCAUGGAAAUCAAGCUCCGCCUCCUCGACCUGGAAAACAUUCAGAUCCCCGACGCACCUCCACCCAUCCCCAAGGAGCCCAGCAACUAUGACUUCGUCUAUGACUGUAACUGA